AUGGCAGUAUAUUCGUUCGUUGCUCUCGUAUUGAUCGUGCUUGGACUGGUUAUCUGGCGCUCACUUAUCAGCAAGCCACGUCGCCCUGCGGGAACUCGAGAGAUUCCAGGGCCAAAAGGUCUUCCAUGGAUUGGCCGUGUCCACGACAUUCCCAGCGAGAAGACUUGGAUGAAAUUUGCCGAAUGGUCAGCCAAGUAUGGUCCCAUUUACCAGCAAACCAUGAUGGGAAUCGUGCACAUUUGGGUUUCGAAGGAGCACAUGGUCCUUGACAUCCUCGCCAAACAAGGUUCCAUUUGUUCUGACAGACCAGCUGCAUUCCCCAAUGUCCCGGGAACAAAAGAUUGGAAGUAUCUACCUCUCCAAGGUUUCCAUGAUACCUGGCGUCGACAACGAAAAUUUACUCAUCUCAUCUUCGGCACGGCCCAUGAGAACAACUACUAUGACCAUCAGACCGUCGAAGUACCUCGCACGCUGGUGCGCUUGCUUCAGAACCCUGAAAGAUGGAGUACACACCUCGAUCAGCAUCAGGCACGCUUUUUGAGUCGAUGUGCCUUUGGAACUCCACACCACGCAUCUGCGCUGUGUACAAACGCCUGGAGAUUGCUCAUUAAUAUUUCACCAUCUGGGCGUUUUUCAAAUAUUCUACCAGGAUGCAUGAGAGUGCCCAAAUGUAUCGCCUGGUGGAGAGUCGACGAGGAAGACCGGCAAGAGAAGGAAACUAGACUUUACCAGAAUUGCCAAAAUGAGGUGCGGGAGCAGUGGGAGAAGGGCCAGGCACCUCCUUGCUUCACGCGCACAUACCUCGAACACGGCCACCGCUUUGGCUUUCCGACCGAUAUUGAAGCCGCGUUCAAUGUCGGGAUGGUCUCAAUGGCAGGAAUUCAUACCACAUCAUCUCCGCUCCAUACCUUCUUCCUAGCCAUGACACUGCAUCCAGAAUGGAUGACGAGACUACAAAAGGACAUCGAUGCCCUUUGUGGUGACAGAAUGCCGGUACUCUCGGACAUGUCGGAUCUGCCAAUUAUGCGGGCAAUUGUAAAGGAGGGUUUAAGAUGGAGGCCGGCGGUACCCACUGGUAUUCCACACGAGCUUCAGGACGAUUGCAUCUACGACGGAUAUUUCUUACCCAAGGGCUCCUGGGUGCAUCCGAUGGAAUGGUCCCUGUCUCGCGAUCCCGAGGUCUACCCGGACCCGGAGACAUUCAACCCUGACCGCUGGCUCUUGCCGGGCUACCCAACUUACAAGGAGCCUCUCACCCAGUUCCCGACCCUCCAUGGCUACCACCAAUUUGGGUUUGGUCGACGGAUCUGCCAAGGCGUCAACAUCGUGCAGACGCAGACCUUCUGCCUGUUGGCCGCUGUCGCGUGGGGAUUCGACAUCAAGCGGAAGAAGGACAAGCUGGGGCAGGAGCUGCCCAUUCCGGUGAAUGACUACCACCCACUCCUGAUCACCAAACCUAACCCAUUCCAAUUCGACCUGGUCCCACGAUCGGAAAUGAAAAGACAACAAAUCAUGGAGGCAUUCGUACAGGCUCAAGAGAAAGACCAGCUUUUGCAGAAAGGGGAGUAA